AUGGCAUCACAGUACGGCAACGGAGGCUACCAGCAGAUGGGCUACGGCGCGAACCCGUACGACCAGCGCGAGGACGGCGGCGCACAAGCCCCCCGCUUCAACAACUACGCUCAGGGCCGAUAUGACGAUCCCAGCGCUGUGGAGAUGCAGCCCUACGGCCAGCAGCAGGGCGGCGCAGACCCCAAUGCCAUCCUCAACGAGUGCCGCGAGGUUGACCGCGCCCUCGAUCAGAUCGACGGACAGCUAGACAACCUCGAGCGAACGUUCAAGCAGGUACUCGCACGGCCAGACAUGCCCUCGGGCGAGAUCAAUAACCUCAGCUCGCAAGUCAUGACCGGUUACCGCGCUCUCGUGACCCGCGUAAAGAACAUCAAGUCGAAGCCUGAGUCUGGAAAUCCCCGAAACGCUCCCCAGGUCGGCAAGGUCGACCGCAGACUGAAGGCGACCAUCAACCGCUACCAGAACCUCGAGUCGGAGUUCCGGCGAGACUCACAGGCAGCCGCUGAGCGCCAGUACCGCAUCGUGCGCCCAGACGCGUCUGACGAGGAAGUCAGGCAGGCUGUGGAGGAUCCUGAGGCUCCUAUUUUCCAGCAGGCUCUUAUGAGUUCAGACCGCCGGGGUCAGGCAUCAUCGACUCUGCGCAACGUGAAGGAACGACACGAGGCUAUCCAGAAGAUUGAGCAGCAGAUGGUGGAGCUUGCCCAACUCUUCCAGGACCUCGACCAGAUCGUCAUGCAGCAGGAGCCUCUCGUGGAGAACAUCGAGGCCAAGGGCGAGGAGAUCCACCAGAACGUCGUCCAGGCCAACACUGAGAUUGGUGGUGCCAUCGAGAAGGCCCGCAGCGCUCGCCGCAAGAAGUGGUGGUGCCUGCUCAUCUGCGUCAUCAUUAUCAUCAUUAUCGCCAUUAUAGUGGCUAUCGUGGUCAGCAUCAACAAAAAAUAA